AUGGUCCAGAAGGUAUUGUUCCUUAAGAUGCUGUUGCUGCAUUACGUAACCCAGAGUGAGCCAGACAUGUAUGCAAAUUGCUAUGAAGAUGUUCCGGUGAUGUGUCCAAGUGUUGCCAUCGACAACAUGGAGUUCAGCUCUGUGACAUGGUACAAGAUCAAUGGAGCACAGGUUGGCAUUAUCAGGAGGGGGAGAGAUAACAAGAUCAAGCGGUUCGGCCACUUUGUCCGUUCACUCGAACCCCAGUUUGGAGAGAAACACAGUCUUUUGAUCCCCAAUGUGACGCCUGAAGACUCGGGCACCUACCAAUGUGAAAUCAGUGCAAAUAUAGGGAGUCAAAAUCAGAAUUUUGAAGUUCACCUCAAGGUCAAUGAUUGUGCGAACAAGGCUGACACGACAACGAUGAUAACUGCGUUGAACACGACAACGAUGAUAACUGCGUUGAACACGACCCAUCCCGACCUGUGCUGCCACAGACAAGAGGACAUGCCAGUCAUGUGGAGCGUGAUCGGCACCACGGCUGUGGGCCUCGCCAAAAUCGUUUUGUCUCUAAUCGGCAUUUGGGUUAUUCAAGCUGUUCGUACGAGGUCCUCAAGACGACUCCAGCAUAAGUGGUGACGCUGACCUGUGGAAUUAUAUAGGAACAAAUCAUCAGUCAGCUGUUGCAAGUGAUUUUAUUUUUUUAAUUACUUAUUUAAUCUGCUUUUACUUUGUUUUCAGAGAGGUUCAUGUCUUUUUUUUCCCAUUCAGUUUGUAAAUAUGAGUCACUGUGCUGAACCAAGCCACAUGUUGCUUUUUUAAAAUGACUUUAAAGAGGUCAACUCAACCAGAAGAGUUCGUCUUAACUGAACAGGAACCAACUGCUCGGUGAUCUUGUAACAUUGAAUUUA